AUGUCAGAUUUUCACGAAUCUAGUUCAAAGUUAGAAGUAGGUUAAAGAAAUUUUUCAUUCAUUUUAAUUUUAUUUACAGUUGGAAACCAGUGAAGGGUUGGAGCCAGUCGCUCCACCAAUUUCAUUACCGAAAUUGGCUGUUUACCCACAAAGAUGGCUCCUUUUACUUUCGGUUAUUUUGGUCAACAAUUCUAACACAAUCAGCUGGCUUGGAUUCGCUCCAGCAUUCAAUUAUGUCAAUAUCUACUAUGGGAAAGAUAGCGCUGAUUGGUCUAUUUUUUUUUAAACGUGUUUUGAAAAACAGUUUUGAAGGUUUUCAAUGAUCUUCAUGUAUUGUUCCUUACCAAUCGGAAUUUUGGCGAUGUGGACCGGCAGAAAGUUCGGUUUGAGAACUUCUCUGUAUAUAUCUGGUGUGUUUCUUGAUUUUUUGAACUUGAGGAAGUCUUUUUUGCAGCUGUCCUCAACGGAAUCGGCAGCGUCAUCCGGGUCAUAUCUUCCGUUUCGUCAUUGGUCCCAGUGGAGCAUCGUUUUAAUGUUUGCUUGCUCGGUCAAGCAUUCGCAUCCGUUUCCAACCCAUUCACAAUGUUCCUACCUUGCCAAGUGGGAAAAUUUCAUGAAAAAUAUUUAAAAAAAAUGAAAAAUUAGACGGCCGGCAAAUGGUUUCCGGACACACAGCGGGCACUCGCCACAACUUUGGCCGUUUUGGCGAAUCCCCUCGGAGUUUUAAUUGUCAAUCAAAUCGUGCCCAGGAUUGUGCAUGAGCCGGAGGAUAUGCUCCUACUCAACGUUUUCGUCUCUUUCCCAUGUGUUUUCGCCAUGUUUAUCGCGAUUGUGAGUUCAUUGUGCUUUUUUAGGACUUGAUCGGGUUUUUGAUAGCAUAAAAAAGUUCAAAAAACCUAAUUUUUUCUCAAGGCUUGAAUAAGUUUAUGCGGUUUGUUUGUAGCGCAUUAUAGGAUGUUGAUUGAAGAACCAAAAAUUACAGAAAUACUACAAAGCGGAUUUUGAGAAAAUCUUCCAAACAAGUUAAAGAAAAAAACUAAAAAUUAAAAAAAAAUUUUUUUGAGCAAAGGCUUUUCAAAAGCUUCAUGAGCAAAAGCUGUAGAGAAAACAAGAUUUUUUUCUUUUUUGAUCCGUUGUAUAUAUUUCCUGCUCUUUUUCAAUAUAUAUUUAUUAGUCAUUUAUUAUUACAGAUUAGCGUAACGUCCAGUGAUCCUUCUUUGCCGCCAAGCCAUUGCGCGGCAUCCAAACAAUUGGGCUUCUUCCAAGGCGUUCGAGCGUGUUUGUCGUCAUUCACAUAUGUUUCGCUCAUGUUCGUCCUUUCUGGAGGCAUGGGCAUGUUCUAUUGCUUGUACACGGUGAUGUUGGUCAGUUUUAAUAAUGAUAAUUUAUUCAUCCAUAAGGUGAAAAGAAUAAAUAAGGUUGAGAACCGGUUUAAGGAUUUUUUGUUUUUUUCCUUCCAGGAAGAUUGAUUCCUAUAAAAAUCUUCUAGAAGAUAAUACAUUGAAAAAAAUUAUGUUCAGGAGCUUGGAAUGAUUUUUAACAAUACAUUUUCGAACUUUCAUUGUUUCUUCUUUUUUUCAUCUCAUUUUAACUUUAAUUGCAAGUGAUUUGGAUUUUUUUCUUCAUAAAACGCUUACACUUCUAAAGUCAGAAGUGCGGAAAACGGGUGCAAAAUGGCCGCUAAAAGGAUUCUGUUCUGCGGUCUUUAUUGAGCCUUUCUUCCAUGGUGGGCUAAAAAGCCUCAAAAAGGGUGCUGAAAGUGCCGGCCCUUGAUGAUUUCCGAUUUUAUUACUGUAGCACAUUUUGGUUCAUACACAGCCAUUGGUAAAGAUUAUUCUCAAUUUUAAAAGUUUUGUGUUUCUCAAAAGGGUCCAAAAAAAGGUGGAUAAAGGCUGAUGAGAGGACGGAAAAAGGUUUAUCCCAACAGAUAGAGUAUUUUUUGUGGUUUUGAUAAAACAAGAGAAAACGCCGGUUCGCAACGCAAUAUACUGGUUUUGAAUUUUUCAAGAAAAAUUCUCUAACAUGAGCAAUAAUGAGCUGUAAGAUUUUAAAAAUUUGAAUAAAAUUAUUUUGCUUUGAUCGAGAUUCGUUGAUUUUAUUUUUUUGCCGAGUUAGAUAUGUUCGAAGUUAUUCACCGUAAUCCUUUGAGCUACCGUACCUCGAAAACGGCUCGAAUGAUGCUAUUCAAUUUUAUUUUUUUAAUUGUUUUUACAACGUAUUUCAUUUACCAGGGAACGUUUUUACCCCCCGGUUGAACUUUUGCUGAAACUUGGCUGAAGUGUACUUUAUGACUGCCUGAUUGCACAACAAGAAAAAAAUUUCUCGCAAUAGAUCUUGUUUCCGAGUUAUGGAGCUUCAAAGUGAGCAAAAUGCACAAAUUAGGCCGAAAAGCGCUAUUUUGGGUUUUUGAAGUUCCAUAACUCGAAAACGAGAUCUAUUGCGAGAAGUUUUCUUUCUGUUCGGAAAUCAGGAGGUCCUAAAGUACACUUCAGCAAAGUUUCAGCAAAAGUUCAACCGGGGGGUAAAAAACGUUCCCUAGUUAGAGAAAAAGUUAUCACAACGCCCUUUUUUUUCAACCCAGCCUAAACCCAAAAGUCUGCGCCUAACUUCAGCUGGGUACUAUAAACCUGUAUUUAAUUAUAUUUAGCAACUCCUAUGCCCCUCCGGUUACUCCAGUGAGUUCUCUGGGAUGUCGUCGACGGCCAUGAUACUGGGAGGAAUGUUCGGCGCCACUGUCAGCGGACUCUACGUGGAUUACACCAAGAAUUAUCAUCAAACUUUGAAAAUGGCCAUGGUGAUGGGCGUCUUCCUUGGAAUCACCUUUUUGCAGGUUUUCCGUCGAAAUUUAUGUUUCCAUAAUUCAUUUUCAGUUUACCCUCAAUUCCGGCCUCGAAACUUUUAUCAUAACUAACGCUGUUUUAUUUGGAAUGUUCGGCUUGGCCGCGUACCCGGUUGGCCUCGAAAUGGCCGCCGAAUGCACUUAUCCCGCUUCUGAAUCCACGUCUUCUGGACUCAUUGUUCUGGCUGGCCAAGUUGGUUAUUUAUUUCAAAAACUAGGAAAAAAUGAACUUUUUGAGGCUUUUACCACGAUUUUGGUCAAAAUUCUUCAUUCUUUGGCCAGGGAAUUGCCCUCGGAUCGGAUGUUUUUGCAGGUACAUUUUGUGAAAAUGAUUUUUUUCCAUGAGACAAGAAAAGUAACAUAAUUGACUUUUUUCAGGUUUGCCGGGUUGAUGAGAACGAUUUGCUCAAUGUUCCCAAGGACUAUACUUUUUCUUAUUUUGUAACCCAUAUUUUCUUUUUUCUCUGUAAUUUGUUCUUUUUCAGGCUCUCUCCUUUAUUGCACUACUAUUACUGGUCGUUCUUUUCGUGUUUUUCAAGCCGGUCUACCUGAGAAUGGAAGCUGAGAAGAGAUAUCUCGUUAUCACGUCAAUUGAAACUACAAAUCAACCGAUUUUAACACGAAUAACUGAGAAAAUUGUUGUUUAAUUGUCUCAUUCUUGUCAAUUUUUAUUCUCCACAGAUUUUUAUUUUUGCAUUUUCUCACCAUUUUUUGUUUGAAGUUGUGCGGGUGAAGUCCAGGGCCUAGAAAAUUUUAAAUUAACUCUUUAACUGAAUUUUCGUAGCUUUUUGCUUUUUGUUGCCUUUUUUGCAAAUAUUUUCUUUGAAAAUUCAGGCGCUUCUCAUGAAGCUGAUUCAUGGCUAGAUUGAGCCAUCGAAAAAAGGGUCCUGACACGAUAAGGCACGAGAUAGCGCCUGGCUCGUGGAGAGCGCAGACAGGACACGCCCCUGUAGCGUCCCAAGCUGGCCGUGAAUCAGCUAUAAUGAUCAAUUUUUGAGUUUUGAAUGUUUCAAGUCAAUUUUUUGAAAUUUGUUGAAAAUUAUCAAUUUUAUUCUAAGUUCCUUUUGGCCCGCACUUCGCCCAUGAUGUGCAUUUUUCACAGUUUGAAUUUUCUUUAUUCUAUCAUUCUCUCAAAAAAUCUUGUACAUAAAUUUUGAUAUUCUUGGCAAUUUCCUUCAAAACGUCUCUUCAUUUCGAGACGAAACAAUGUCACGCGAUGCAUUGAUGAAUAUUUAUUUAUGAGCCCCUAAAGAAAUGUUUGAAAUAAAGGACAAUCAGACAGUUUUCUCUUUCCCAAAUAAUGUCUGACCUCUUCAUUCAUUUCAGUUGGAUUGUUCUUUCACAAUUGUGGGAAAAUUUCAAUUUGAAUCGACUAUGGAUUCCCCGACCGAAAAGGCGAAAGUCAAGGUUUGUCUUUUUGAUGCCUAUUUUUGAUUGCCUAUUUUUAAUUCUUGUAUUUUUAUCGUAAAAUGGUAAUAUUUAAUGAGUGAAAAGACUAUUUUUGAUGCAUAAAACGUGAAUUGAAACAAUUUUUGACUUCUAAAGGAAAAAUUUGUUUUUCAAAUUGUUUUAUGUUCUUAUAGCCCAUUCCGUGCCAGAUUGUCACGUUUUUCCCGAAAAACCGUAUACCAUCAAAAUAAAGCAUCUUCGCUUCAAGAACUUUGUUUUUUGCUGUAAUUUUAGCAGUUUUGUAAAGCAAAGGUUUGUAUGUACGGUAUCUUUUUCUAUUCUGUUAUGUUUAAAAGUGACCUUUUCCCGCGGAACGAACUAUAGUAUUAGUUAUUUGAAGAAAAACUGUCUAUAGGCCAUUCCGCACCAGCUUGUCACGUUUUUCUUCCCGCCAAAAGGCCAGGUCAAAUUUGACCAAAUUCGCUUCAACACCUUUGUUUCUUGCCGUUUAAAAAGCAGAAAUUUGAUCUAAUUUGGAAUACGAUCUUUUUGGCGGGAAGAAUAACGUGACAAGCUGGCGCGGAAUGGUCUAUAAAUGUGUUUUUUUUUUUGUCGCAAAUAAACUUGAUUGGUUUGUCGAAUUAUUGAAGUCUGAUUCUUCAAUUUUAAUCACAGGCUAAGUCCAAACGACCUUAAAAAAAGAGCCGAAAGCUCCUUUUUGAGUUCUUAAAAAGGUGACAAAAGUUUCUCGGAAUCUCCUUUUUUAUAAUAAUAAUAAUAUCAUAUUCACAGAUCAGUGUGAACCCCAACGAGUUCACUUCGAUCUACAAUUUAGAUAAGGAAAAAAAAGUUGAGAUCAGUUGAGUCUUGGUGGAAUAGAGGUAAAAAAUUCGUUGCGAGGUAAAACGACCAAUAAUUUUUUCAAAGAAUUAGGUGGAAGGGUGAACUGAUAUUUGGAUGUAAGUUUAUUCCAAAUAGGAAUCGUUUUGAAGAAAAAGUUGUUAGAAAACUGACCUUGAGAACGUAGCCGAAGGGGAUUUCGCCUUAAAUUGGAUCUGAGGGCAAAAUUUUCGAAUUGAGGAAAGUGAUCAUGACCAGAAACAAUUUUUUGGAGAGUGAGGAGAUCAGAAAUAACUCGUCUAAUGUAAAGUGGGGUUUGUUGAAAUUGCUCUAGACGAUCUGAAUACCUGUUUCCACCUUUUUUCCGCCUCCUAAAAAAAAGCUGUUCAAAAAAUGUCUAGAAAAAAAGGUCUUUUUCCGAAAGCCCUUUUUGAGACCAUCUGGACUUUGCCCGUGAUUCGAUUUCAUUCAUUUUUUUUCCCUUUAGUCUUCGGCGUUUCUCGACAUCCCCCGUCCAACAACAGCUCCAACCUUCGAACUGAUCGUCUACCGUCGAAGAUGGAUCUUCUUGCUGGCCUUGGUUCUGAUGAACGUCUCCAACACGAUGUCCUGGCUCGGCUACGCCCCGGCCAGCAAAUUCGCCAACAUUUUCUACGGAGCUGAAAGUUCCACUCGGUUUUUUAGACUGAUUUCCCGGAAAAAUUGGCCAUUUUUAGGCUUACUAUGGCUUUCUUGAUCCCUACGGUUCCAGUCGGUGCUUUUGCCAUGUGGGUCGGAAGAAAGUUCGGAAUCAGGACGACUAUGUAUAUUUCUGGUGAGAAAUUUGAAUGAAAUGACAAAAAGUUGGGUCUCAGGCUUUGAAAAUGCAAUUUUUCCAAUUUUCUCUCGUCCUUUUUUCAAGAAAAUAUUUUUGAAUGACUUUUGAUAGGAUACACUUUGCAAUCUAUAUCAUAUUUUGGUCCUUGAGGAGGUUCAGAUGAUUUAUAAUUAAUUCAGAGACCAAUAGUAGGCCUAAAAAGUUCACUUUGAUCAUAAACUCAAAAAAAGCGUGAUAAAAUUUUUGAAGUCAAUUCAGAUUACUGGGAAAAUUUUCAGUGGCCAUUAUAGGGUUUUGACGUUUUAGUUGCCCCUGUAGUAGUCAAAUUAGUUGCCACUUAAAAGGUUAAAAGUUAGUAGUCACUAAAGAGGUCUAAGUGCUCCUACUAGACCACUAAAAAUUUUUAGUGGCCACUUUAGGGGCCAAUGGAUCAACAGAGUUAAUGGAAGGAAUACUGGAUGAAAAACUACUGAAGUGGCCACUAAAUAUAGAACCUCUAAAGUGUCCACUAUAGAGGUGAUUUUAGUGGCCACUUUAGUGUCCUCUCUAACUAGGGAACUACUCGGAUUCGGGUACGGGUUUCGAGUUGGAACUUUAGUGGUUUAAAGACCUCAGUCAGAAUACUUGAAAACAAGAGAGAAUAUCUGCUAACCCCAUAAAGAACUGAGAAAAAUUUAGAAGAAAAUGUGAAAAUUAGGCCUGAAAUUUUUCAGUAUACUGAUUUUAACCUUAUUCUAUAUUUUAAUAAAAUCGCCUUGGAUGAUACAGCUAUGAUACACUCCAAAAAACUUUUUCCCAGCCAAAAGAAGAAGGAAGGCAAAAUUUGAUAAUUUUCAAGCCUAAACUGUUCAUUUUCCAAAAGCUUUUUCUCAGAAGCCUAUGAGGUUUAGCAGAUAAUCUUUCUUGCUUUCAAGUACUCUUACCCGGGUCUAUAAACCACCAAAGUUUCAACUCGAAACGCUUACCGGAGUCUGAGUAGUUCCCUAGUAAGUAGUCCUUGGCAAGCCUCUAUAGUGGCCACUACAAAUUUUCCAGUAGAGAAAGAAAAAAAAAAGUUCAUACGCAAAGUCGGAAAGGGGGGAAAAAGGCUCCAUAGAAAUGUUCCUUUUUGUUGCCUUUUUGCGCCAUUUUCUCAGCCCUUAUGCACCAUUUUUGCUGCCUCUCCCUUUUUUCACCAUUUCUUGAGCCUUUACAAUCCCAGGAAAAUGGUAGGCUCGAUGAAGGGACUCUCUUUGCUGCCUUUCUGCGGCUUUUUUUCUACCUUUUCGCUUCCCUUUAGCGACCUUUUUUGAGCUUUUAACGGCCAUUAUCCACCAUUCCGACAUUGCCCGAGCUUGUAACAUGCAUUUUUCAACGAUUUUCUAGAUGAAAUUGGUAAAAAUUUCAGCCAUCAUGAAUGUGACUGGAAGUUGGAUCCGCGUUUUCUCGUCCGUUGAUUCUGUUGUGCCGGAAAGUCGUCGUUUUGCCGUUUGUAUCUUUGGCCAAGCCAUUGCUUCGAUCGCCUUUCCGUUUAUCAUGUUCAUACCUUGUCAGGUUCUCAAUUUUCGUAUUUAAAAACGUGGAAAAUGAGGCUGAAUGAUGAAAUUUGUCAUUUUUUUGUUUUUUUUGCACUGCUCUACUUGUAAUUUCGCAAAAUUUUAUAAUUUUGGAGUAAAUUGAGUUAAUUCAUUUCAGUGUCUAGAAGGUCAUUUACGCCUUAUGCAUAGACUCCUUUUUUUGAAAAAGUGAUUUUCAAAGCUUAAUAAAGUGUUAUAAGAGCUGAAGGAGUCCCAAAAUAAUCAAUUUUUCAUGCUAAAAAGUGGGAAAAAAAUCAUCAAAUUUUCAUUAGCCAUUAUUAAAAUUUUAAAUUUUUCUAUCAAAUUUGGAAUCUUUUUCAAGCUGAAGACAACAGGACAUCAAAAAGUGUGUCAAACAAAAAUCCGUGAAAUAAUAUUCUGGGUUUACGAUGUAUUCUUGAAAAAAACGCUCUGAUAUUGAAAAAUUGAAAAAAAAAUCAAUUUUUCAUUUUUGAACUUGGAAAAUUCAUCAAUUUUUUAUGUUAGAACUUGGGAAAAUCAUCAAUUUUAACUAGCCAUUCUUUUAUAUUUUUGCAAUUAAACCUUAUUCCGAGGCUCGCCCGGCUGAGAACUUGAUGACCAUAACUAGCAAUUUUUCAGAAAUAAAACGAGAAAAUUUAGAGAUAAUUUUGUGAUACAUUACGCUACGUUAGCGCUUUUUGGCAGGCAUCCAAAAAUUUUUUUAAUAAAUUGAAAUUGCUUCGAAAUUACGGAAUUUUUGUGCAACUUCAUGUUCAAAACUAGAAAAAAAGGACAGUUUUAUAGCGAACCUCACUUUUUUUACUGUCAAUUUCAUUACUAAUUUCUUUCAUAAAAACAUUUUUUUCAAUUUCAAGUGAAAAUAUAAGGUUUUUGAAUUGCGAUAAAAAUUUGCUCGAAAUUACUGACUUUCGGGCAAAUUGGAGUUGGAAUUUUGAAAAAAAGGCUAUUUUAUAGUGAUUUUUCAAUUUUGCUGUCCCUUUUUACUGUAAACUUUUUUUCAAUUUUAAAAAUUAUAAGGCUUUUUUUGGAAUUGCGAUAAAAAUUUGCUCUGAAAUAACUAACUUUGGUGCAAAUUUGAGUCGGAAACUUGAAGAAAGGGCAAUUUUAUAGUGAUUUUUAUUUUUUUACUGUCCCUUUCUUCAAGAAAAAUUUUUUUCAUUUUUAAGAGAAAUUACAAUUUUUUUCCGACUUGAAUCGCGAUGAAAAAUUUGCUCCAAAAUUAAUGACUUUGGAGUAAAUUCCAGUUGAAAACUUGAUUUUUUUACUGUUCAGUUUCUUACAAAUCUAAAAAUCAUAAGAAUUUUUAGCUGGCGGCUUCCUGGUUCCCAGACACACAGCGAACCUUGGCCACUUCAAUCGCCGUGCUGGCGAAUCCAUUCGGAAUCCUUUUGGUCAACUUGAUCGUCCCGCAAAUUGUUCACAAGCCCGAGGAUAUGCUUCCCCUGAAUUUGAUCGUUUUUUUGUCGCAUGUUUGACCGCGGCUAUCAUCACUCUUGUAAGUUUAUGGGGCAUUUGGACAGAAUUUAGGGGAAUUAGGGCUUAAAAUUCGAAUAAAAAAAUAAUUAUAAUCGAUUUCAAGGUUCAUUCAUCACUAGUUGUUCGAAGAAAGUUUCUUAAAACGAUUUUUGAAAAAUUCUUAUAAACUUAAAAAAAGUAAUAAAUAUGUAGGAAAAUUCGAAAACCAAGGAUUCAAAAUUCAGAUGAAAAAUAGUUAUUAUUGAUUUAAAAGGUUCAUUUGUUGUUAUCUUUUUUGGUGAAAAUUUCUUAAACGAUUUUUGAAAAAUUCUUAUGAAAUUGAAAAAAAUAAUUGGAGGAUUUCAGCUGGACUUUUUUUCUUUUUGCAAUUUUUUUAAAGGGCGUUUCAAUCCAAAUUUGAAGCUGAAAAAUAGGUUCAAAAUCGAAAAAUUCAUUUUUUUCCAUGAGAAAAUUCGAAAUUUGGCCCACUAGGGAACGUUUUUUAACCCCCGCCCCGUCCAGUCCCCGCCCCCCCGUCCGGUUUUUGAAUAUAUAAGAAAAAUUUGAAAACGAAGGAUUCAAAAUUCAGAUGAAAAUAGUUAUUAUUGAUUUCAAGGUUGAUAAUUUUAUUUGAUGAAGGUUUCUUAAAAGGUUUCUGAAAAAGUCAUAUGAAUUUAAAAAAAUAAAUGAAGAAGUAUAGCUGGGCUGGAACAGUCCUGAGCAAAUUUUUUGAAAAUGGUAUUUUCGAUCCAAUUUCGAAGCUAGAAAUGGGAAAAAAAUUCGAAAUUAAGCUCACUAGGAAACGUUUUCUCAAUUUGAAAACCAGAUCUACUGCGAGAAAUUUUUUUUGCUGUUAAAUUCGGGUUGAAAUGUAUCUCUCGUCAGGUUGAAAUAUCAAAAUGAGGGCUUCAGAUCAUUUUUAGCAGAUUCUAAAAUCAUUUGGGAAGCUGUAAGAACUUUCUUGAGAUUACGGAUCUUCCAGAUUUUUUUUUCUAGCCUAUUUUCAGGGGAUCAUGAGUUUCUCAGUCAAGAAAGGAGGAAAAACGAAUUCUUUAACCUUUUUCUUGAAAAAUUGUAUUUUGAAGCUCUAAAAGAUGAAAAUUUCCGAUUUCUUGAGGCGUUUUGCUGACUUGAAAUUGAAUAGGGUCUCAGCAAAGCGGGUAAAAGGGUUCUCUGGUUAGCCUUCUGUUUUAGAAAAUCUACUGCAGAUGAACAUGAAAAAAUAAGAUAUUGACGGAUAAAUCAACUUCUAUCCCUUUUUAUCGUUCAAAGAUGACAAAAAGAGUCAGCUUAAAAAUUAAAUAUUUUAUAAAUUUCUAGUCUUUUUUUAUCUUGAAAAAAAUAGCAAAAAUGGAGUGAAUUUGAGAAAAAAAGGUGAAUUUUUUUCAGACCGGAGUUUUUGUCAAGCGAUCCACCGAGUCCACCUUCUCUGAGCGCUGCGAAACAACACAUGGAGUUUUUCGACGGCCUGAAAUCCUGCUUUUUGACGCCUUCUUACCUCGUUCUGCUGAUCGUUUUGGCUUCGGGAAUCGGACUGUUCAAUUGUCUUUAUACCGUCAUGCCUGUAGGUUUUUCAACGCGACGAAAAGAAGAAAAAUAGCCCCGAAAAGGUCAAAAUUGAGCGCUUUUUGAACUAGGAAAUGCAUGAAGAAAGUUGCCAAAAAGACUUCAUUUUGAAAAAAAAAAGUCACAAUUACACUUACGUUUCAGGGAUAGCUUAAGUAUUCUGAUAGCUGGACAAAAAUCGUUCCGUCAUAGUUGUUUAUAUGUACUUAAAAACAGAGUUUUGAGAUUUUUGAAACGAUCAUAACAGAUUUUAAUCUCGGAAAGUAGUAGAAAAAAAUCAAUAAAAUGUUUUUUUCGAUAGUUAAAAAAAUUCGCUUUGGUGAACAGACGAAAUUUUUGGGGUUUUUACGUUUUUCUUCUUGGGAAAGCCAUGGAACCACUAUAUUUCAGUUACCGGACAAAAUUUUUUUGUAAAAAUCUAUAAAUCAAUAAUUCAACUUCACGGGUAGAGUCCAAAUGGUCUAAAAAAAGAUUUUUGGAAAAAAGACCUCCAAAACGCUUUUUUUACAAGACAUUUGUCUGAAAAGGACCUUUUAAGGAGGUAAAAAAAGGCGAAAGAAAGGAGAUUCCGAGAAAAUUUCAACACCUUUUUUAGGAGCUCAAAAAGAAGCUUUAGGCCCUUUUUUUAGGGCAUUUUCGAGGUCGUUUGGACUUUGCCUGGGUUUUUAGUGAUGCUUGUGUUUUUAUACUGUCAAAAUUCGCAAAAAAUGAGCAAGUGUUAUGUUCAAAAAAGACUUCAAGAGGAUUUCGACGAGUUAAAAAAAAUUUAGCGUAAAUUUCAAGCGAAAAUUUUGAGAAUCCCUACUUUUCGUGUACAGACAAAGUCCAAAGGACCUCAAAAAUGCCUCAAAAAGAAACGUUUGAAGUACCUUUUUGGGAGUUCCGGAAAAGGUGUCAAAUGUUUCCCGGAAUCUCCUUUUUUUCACCCUUUUCUGCCUCUUUCUUUUUAGCUCCUUAAAAGGUAUUUUUUCAGAAAAAAGUUGCCUUGGAGGUCUUUUAAAAGUCUUUUUCAAAAAGUACUUGUGUAAUUUGCCUGUGGGCCUGUUUACGGUGGCCGGUCGUAUUACGGUAGUUUAGAUAGGUUUUUCGGUAAUAAAAUGAGAGCUUGUGAACUUUUUCUGACUAAAAUUAUCGUUUAAACUCGAGAAAUAGGUCCCUAGAAAUUGCAAAAAAAAAACUUUUAAAAAUAAUUUCCUGGCUCCGUUACUGACGCAAUGUCCGUAGCACCUCGGGCAAAGUUGGAGUAGUGGAUAAUGGCCGCUAAAAGGCUCAAAAAAGGCCGCGAAAAGGUAGCAAAAUGGCAGCAAAAUGUUAGUAAAAUGGCAGCAAAAAGGUCGCGAAAAGGCAUCAAAAAGAGUCCCUUUAUCGAGCCUUCCACUUUUUUUUUGGGGGUUUUAAAGGCUCAAGAAAUGGUGGAGAAAGGAGAGGCAGCAAAAAUGGUGCACAAUAGCCCAUGAAAUGGCGCAAAAAGGCAGCAAAAAAGGAGCCUUUUUCCACCCUUUCCGACUUUGCCUAUGACUGUCUUAAACAUGCGCGCACAAGAUUUUUAAAGAAAAGUAGGAUUAUUCUAUGAAAAUAUAAACAUUCCAGCAAAUCUUGUGCCCAACCGGUUAUUCCAACAUGAUUGCCGGAUUCUGUUCUUCGGCUCUCAUCAUUGGAGGAGUCUUUGGGGCAACUCUGAGCGGAAUUUUCGUUGGAAAGACCAGAAAGUACAAUGAGACGGUCAAGGUUGGCCUGGGAAUCGCCGUCGUCAUUGGCAUCACCUUUUUGCAGGUAUUCGAUGAUAUAGUACAUUCAGGGUCAGCUUGUCUUUUUUCCGUUUGAAAUAUCGUUAGAUCAAAUUUGAGCAUUUUCGCGUCAAGACCAUCGCUUUUUGGCUGUGUUUUUAGUAGGUUUGUAGUUCAAACGUUUGGGUUUACGGUGGAUUUUUCUUUUCGGUUACUUUAAAACGUGAUAGUCGUCCGCCUAUACAUGGGCUAACAGGGUGUUUUUCACUUUCGUGCCCCCUAUUCAUUCAGGUGGCUUUCUGAUCCAUUUCUGACCCCAUAAGAAAAUGAUUUCUGGAAAUUUACAAUUUUUUGGUUCAAAAUCAUUAUUAACCUUGAGUUAACCUUAUAAGGCAUAUUCUCCGAAUUUCCAAGCUUCUGGGCGAUUUUUGACCAAGUUAUAGUGUGUCAAAGUGUUAUCACUUAAUGGUUUGCAUACCCCCCGUACUCCCCAAAAUCCGAAAUUCGAUCUGCUUUCAAUUUUAUUCUACAUUAUAAAGUGAAUUUAAUGAUCUGGCUAAGUUUCAAGCCGUUUGGAUGAGAUUUAAGAAAAUUAAUUUUUUUGUUAAUUAAAUAAUUUUGAAACAUUGCAACUUGGUCAAAAAAACGUCGGGAAGCUUGGAAAUUCGGAAAUUAUUCCUUACAUACUUUUUUUCAAGGGAGGGGGGCACGUGGUGACGUCACAAAAAGUAGUUGGUUAGCCCAUGUAUGCUCCCGCCAGUCGCACUAUAAAGAUGUAUUUAAAGCGUGAUCUUUCCAUUUUUUUAAGCUCUGAAAAGCUUUAAAAUUUAAUUUUACUCGAAUUUUGCGGUUUAAAAACGCUAAUGGUCGUAUUUUUAUAAGCUCGAAAAGAAUUGCAAAGAUAAAUUUUGGACUCAAAAAAACGAAAAUUAAAGAAAAGAAAUCUUGGAAAAAUUUUUUUCAAAUAGUACCUUAUCAGGUAAGCAAUCAUCGCCCAUUCCGCUCCAAUUUUUCAUUUUCAAAAAAGGCCGUAUACCAAAAUGGACCAAUUUUUGCUUCGAGACCCUUUUGCAGUUUUGUAGAGCAAAAAUGCGAAUUUCACUUUAUUAAUAAUGUCUUUCUGACAUGCUGGAGAGGUCACAUUUUCAUGACACCUAUUUUUUCAAAUUCUCAAAAGUUGAAAAGUUUUUUGGGCUUUAUAAAUAUUUUAACGGUUUUACCUAUUUACUCAUUAGGAAGUCGAAUUCUGGCCAUUAUGUUUUACAAAAAUUAACUUUUUGUCUGCAUUUUCGCCGACAAAUGCUCAUACUUGACACAUUUCGAAUUUAGAUCAAAUUAAAAAGAUUGACGUGAAAUUCAUUGAAAAAAAAAACUCAAAAUAUUCUAUUUCGAGCCUUGGUUUUUAAAAGUUCAAAACCUAACCAAAAUCGAGAAUUUUACGCCUUUUGGUCACUUUAAAACUGAAAAAACUUCUAAAUUUUCGAAAAAUGGCCACUUUGAAAAGAUGUCCGAUCCGACCGACUUUUCCAGCAGGCUUGUCUUUUUUUUCUGUCCUCCUGGGAAAAUUUUGAAUGUCCACUAAAGAGGCUGGCCAAGGACUACUUGGAGAGGACACUUAAGUGGCCACUGAACCCACCUCUAUAGUGGCCACUAUUUUCCGUUUAGUGGCCACUUUAGAGGUUCUCUACUUAGUGGCCACUUCAGUAGUUUUUCAUCCAGUAUCCUUCCAGUAACUCUGAUGAUUUUAUAACAAACAGAUUGUACCAGUUAUGUUGAUCCAUUGACCCCUAAAGUGGCCACUAAUUUGACUACUAUAGUGGCCAAUCAAAAUUUUACCAGUCUGUUCCUUGAAGACGUGGCUGUUCUCACGCGAAAAACAUUUUAUAUCCCUUUUUUUGCCAUUUUUCAAUUUUUCUCGACUUUCAAGCUCACCACGACUCCCAACAUUGCCUUCGCCUUGAUCUUCACCUGCUUCUUCUUUGGAUUUUUCGGCCUCGCCGUUUAUCCCAUUGGACUCGAACUGGCGGCUGAAUGUACUUAUCCGGUUCCUGAAGCCAUUUCUGCAGGUUCUAUCGUCUUGAUUGGACAGGUAAUUAAUUUAUCAGGUAGGAAAUUGAUUGGUUUUCAGGCCCUGUCCUCUCUGUUCAUUUUUGUCUUUGAUUCUCUCAAGAAACCGCUGGCCCCUAAUUUGAUGCACCUUCAGGUUGAUAAAACUUGGACUUUUUAAAAAAAAAUAAACGGAAUUUUUCUAGGUCUGCAAAGUUCAUAAUUCGGAUGGUGUGAAUGAUGCCAACGAUUACAUGAUUUCCAUUUUUGUGGGUUUUUACUUUCCAAUCGAUGAAAAUUUCGUGAAACAUCGGUUUUUGGCUCAUUUUGAAUAGAAGGUUGUAAUAUGAAAAAUAAUUUUUUCUUAGAAACACCAGAGUGAUCCCUAUAGGGGCAACUUCAGGGGCCCUGAGAGGGUCUUCUCUAGGGACCACUUUACCAACCCCUAUAGGGGACUCUAAAGCUUGCAAAAAGUGGCCACUACAGGGGACAUUCUAGUCGAUAAGUUUUAUGAACUCUAUGCGAAGAAGCGUUUUUCAUGCGAAAAAAAUAAAAAAAGUAAUCUUUUUUUGAAUUAAUCUGAUUGACCCCUAUAGGGAGCACUUGAUCUUCAGGGACUAAGGGGUCAGAUCAUAAACACCUAUAGAGACCACUUUUUUUCGGUUCCUAUAGGGGCUGUUUUAUCCAUAACCCCGAAAGGGACCACUCUUUAAAUUCCUAAGAUCUGGAGGCGCUUGAAAAAUCUAUAUUUUAUAGCAAAUUGAUUCUUGGAGUACGUUAACCAUGAGAAAUAUAUUGAUAUUUUUAAAAAGGUAGAAAUUUUUAAGAAGUCGGGUUAAUUCCUGAUCUUAAGCCGAUCAAAUUUCGUUGUUUUUUUGAACUUUAGAUCCAGAUUUGACGCUUCCUAGCCGAAGUAAAUUAUAAAAAAAUAAGCUGAUAAAACCAGAAAAUUGAAUUAAAUUAAUAAAUGCUUUCUUCAAUGCAUAUUAGGAACAAAAAUUAGGCCUCUUAAAGUUAUAUUUUCUCGGAAAAAUGGCUUUUUUUGGUCAGGUGUUGUAAAUUUUGUAAUUAGUGUGACAUCGAUUUUCUUCAUUUCGUGAUACUUUUUUUCUGAAUUUUAUUACUCCACAUUUUUUUUAAAAAUCCAGUACAUGGUUAAAUGGAGGCUUACAUGGACAGGCCAAUUUUGACCCCCAAGUUUUUCCUAAUUUGAAGCUAAUACUACCUCCCUGAGGCUAAAAACUUGUACUAUUGUGGCCAAAAUUACCUCCCUGAGGUUGAAAUUUAAUUUUAAUCUUAAUUUCCCGAAAUUCUUGUAAGCCUCCCGGGCUGAAUGAUUUCUGCACUAGCCCAUCCAUGAGUGAAAAAAAAAAUGAAUAUAUUUGCAAAAAAAAAAUCCGCAGAUCUUCUCGAUCGUCGCCGCCGCCUUGCCCUGUCUUCUUUUGGCCUUUUUCCGGCCCGUUUAUCUCCGAAUGGAGGCCGAAAAAACGCUCAACGGUAGAACGGCUGAAGUCAGAGUUAACGAACCUUAA